AUGUGGGCUGCCGGCUAUAAUUUGGGCGCCGACAGACUUCAGAAGUUGAGAAGACAGAAGAAGUCCAUCCACCGAUUCUCCCUCGCGACUGGAAGUAUCGGCGGCCAGGAGAGAGCCGUCGACGCCCGUCACCUGUUCGACGGAAUGCCUCCUAGGAAGGAGCGCAAGAGUGCGCCGCCGGUGAGCGGCGUCGACCGCAUCGGCGCCCUCCCCGACAGUAUCCUCCACCACUUGCUCUCCUUCCUCCCAGCGCAGGCUGCCGUGCAGACUUGCGUGCUCGCCCGGCGGUGGCACCAUCUUUGGAGGUCAACCACAGGCCUGCGCAUCGUCGCCCUUGACGAUGAUUACUAUGCUGAUGUCGAAGAACUCCGGAAGUUCGUGGACCAUCUUCUGAUCCUGCGUGAGCGCACCGACCUAGACUCUGUCGAGAUCGAAUUCAAUGAAUUCUGUGAAGAAGACCAGCCCUAUGUGAAGACGUGGCUCCGCUACGCUUUGAUGUGCAAAGUUCGCACGCUCACCCUUCGUGUCGAUGGCUCUAAAUAUUUCUACCUAGAAGACCUGCCUCUCGUCUCUCGGCAUCUGGGAACAUUAGACCUUGAUGGCGUAGGCCUAAAAGCCGCCUUUCUUGAUUUUGCUAACUGUCCAGUGUUAGAGAAUCUGAAGAUGACUUCUUGUCACAUCUGUGCUGGCAAGAUAUCGUCUCGUUCCAUGAAGCAUUUGAGCAUCACUAGCUGCCGCUCCGACUUGGAUUGCCGUGUCCGUGUUUCUACUCCGGGCCUUAUAUCUCUGAAGCUAGUUGAAUUUUCGGGUAGAACACCUUUACUUGAGAACAUGGCAUUGCUAGAGACUGCAUAUGUAGAUCUUGCCCAAAAUUACAAAGAUGAAUGUCUGAAUUAUCACUCUGGUGUUUCCUGUGGAGCUAAUAAUAAUGCAUGUGAGAAUUGUGUUGCUAUUAAAGACAAUUGCAGCAGCGAUUGUGUAGUUCUGGGUGGUAUCUCAAGUGCUAAACACCUCAAGCUGCUAUCUGGAAGUAGAAACUUCGUUUUCACAAGAGAUUUGAAACACUGCCCUACAUUUAGCAACUUAAAGACUUUGUUGCUCAACGAGUACUGGUGUGAAGCUCCUGAUUUGGAUCCACUAGCUUGCAUUCUGAAAAACUCACCAGUUCUAGAGAAGCUCACUAUUCAACCGUUGUCCAAGGGACCAGCUCAUAAAGUGGAAAUGAAAGUAUGCUACAGUUCAAUGGAGCGACCGUCUGGAAUAUCCGAGCACCUUAACAUAGUUGAAGUCAAGUGUAGUGUGGUCGAUGAGAGAAUUCUCAAAGUUUUGAAGUUCCUGUCUGCAUUUAACAUCUGCUUCAGUUUCUGAGUAAGCGUGACAAGAUCUGGGCUGCCAGUGGAUCUGCCAUCCCCCCUUGGCUAUUCAGAGAUCCAAGGCUUAAGCGUAUAUGCUGUGUGGAUGUUUCUAUCUUGUUUUUUUGCUUGUGCAUCUUAUGCUGAUUUGAGGUACGGUGUAGAAUCCGUGAUGCAUACAACUUAUGAACUCUAAAGAGUGAAGACUGCAGACCAUCUGGCUAGACUUUGCUUUACCGUAUCCUGUAAUAUCUAUUGCACUUUCGGUUCAUGCUUAAUUUACUUAGCUCUGAA